AUGCGGUCGUUACUGUUGGAAGUUAUCAUCACAAAAAUUGCUGCCAAAAGGAUGAAAAGAAGAAAUAAAAAAAGAAUCUUGACAAAUAAGUACCAUGAAGAUUGGUCAAGUAUCUCUUCAUUGCCGUUGGAAUCUAUGAGGGGAAGAUAUUGUGCCGCAUGCAGAAAAAAAACCCACAGAAGUAAAAGAAAACAGGAAAAGAAACACUUUGCAGAUUGGUCUAGUCUCCCUCGUGGUAUAGUUGAGAUGAUUGCUGAAAAACUGACCUUCGUUGAUUGGUUAUCGAUGAGCAAAGUUUGUAUGAGUUGGAAUGCUAUUCUUGGAGAAGAACAUCCUUGUUGGCAAAGGCAUGGAUUUCCAUGUCUAUUGGUGUCAGGUCAGCGGAACAAAGAGACUAGAACUUGCAUCAGUAUAUUGGAGAAUCGUGUUUGGGAGUUUGAGUUACCGGAGGCAUGUGGAAAGUAUUGUUGGGGAUCAUUUCGUGGUUGGUUGAUUAUGGUAAAAUGUCUGGACAAUUUUCAUCUUGAAGUUAACUUGUUGAACCCAUUUUCAGGAAGUCAAAUUAUUCUCCCUUCAAUAUGGAACUUUUAUCACAAGAUGGUGCUCUCUGGACUUCCCUACAAGAAUAACUUUAUUUGCAUGCUUCUACACAGUCAUUGCCGUGAGUUGGCUUUUUGGAGUACAGGAGCAAAUUCAUGGCGUAAAUAUAGUGAACUAACAGGUGAGCCAUUUGAGGAUGCUGUAUUUUGUAAUGGAAGCUUUUACCUCCUGGAUGGUGGAUUUAAUAUAUGGCAAAUUGAUGUUCAAAGUAUCUACUCUAGCAUUAACGGUGGUGAUGAUUCUGGAACACUUUCCAAGAUAGAAACACGGUUUCAUGAAGUAAAAAGGCCUGAGAUAUUUCAGUUACAAGAAUGGGUAGGAUUACAAAAUCGUCGGACCAAUCAAAUUUUAAGAUAUCUUGUGGAAUCAUGCGGGGAACUAUUGCUUGUUUGUAGAUAUUUCAAUCCCAACCAAGAUGCGGUACUUGAGACCCAAAAAUUUGAGGUAUAUGCAUUGAACUUUUGUGAGUUAUCUUGGAAGAAGGUUAAGGAUUUGGGGGAUCAAAUGAUAUUUUUGGGAAGAUGUUGCUCAACAUCCUUCUCUGCGAAGGAGCUUGGAGUUGGAGUUAGAAACAGCCUUUACUUCUGCAAUGAUCCAACUACUCCUUGGUGGAAUGAAUGGGAUUCUGAUCAUUUAAAAGGUAUAUUGAGCCGUUUUGGCUUCAACAGGACUAAUGUAAGCCAUUGGGGGAUUUUCACUCUUGGCAAUGAGGAUGGUGAGCCCUUUUGCUUCCAUGGUGAUAUAGACAGUUGGACCUAUACCUGGUUUACUGCUCCUUCAUGGUGGUGCAAUAGAAAUAUUCCUCCAAUACAAAGCAAGUAA